AGGCCCUAUAUGUUAACUCUCUCCUGUGCGAGAAGGCAUGUAAGUAAAUCGGGAAAAGAUAUGUUAUAAUUUCGGAAUACAUCGAUAAUACACUUAAUUGAAACGGCAAUAUUCUCAGUAUAAAUCAUGGAUCGUGUAAUGGCAUUAGUUUCUACAAAGUGGUUGGCAGAUAGCAUAAUAUCCAACUCUAAAUGUAUCAGAAUUAUUGAUGCUUCUUGGCAUCUCCCAACGUCAGGGAGAAACGGGAAACUUGAAUUUGAGCAAAAACAUAUCCCUGGCGCUCAGUUUUUCGACAUUGAUGAGUGCGCUAACAAAAGUUCACCCUUUGGACAUAUGCUACCGGGCCCAUUCGAGUUCGAAGCAUAUGUUGGAGAUCUCGGCAUUGGUAACAAUACACACGUUAUAGUGUAUGAUAAUAAUGAACUUUUUGGGCUCUUUUCUGCUCAACGUGUGUGGUGGACAUUUCGAGUUUUUGGCCAUGCCAAAGUUUCUGUAUUAGAUGGAGGAUUCCCAAAGUGGUGCAGAGAAAACAACCUUACUUCAUCUGAAUCACGGUCGGUUUCUAUCAACCGUUUUAAGGCCAACUUUAAUCCUGCGUUUGUGAAAUCUUUUGGAGAUGUGAAAAGAAACAUAGAUGACAAACAAUUCCAGCUAGUUGAUGCGAGGGCCCCUGGUCGCUUCCAAGGAAUAUCUCCUGAACCUAGACAAAACAUCAAGCCUGGUCACAUUCCCGGUUCAAUAAACAUACCCUUUAUGGAUGUGCUUGAUCCUGACAAGAAGACCAUGAAGACUGCGACUGAACUGAAGCAGUUGUUUGCCUCUGCAAACGUAGACCUUUCAGAACCUGUGACUGUGUCCUGUGGAUCUGGAGUGUCUGCAUGUUGUAUUGCACUAGCAGCUUAUCAGUGUGGCAAGGAGGAUGUGUCUAUCUACGAUGGGUCGUGGACAGAGUGGUAUCUACGUGCCCUGCCCAGCGACAGAGCCAACUGUCCACAGGAGUAGUCAGUGUCUUAGCUUCACGACAAAAGACUGAGUAUCAAGUGGCCAUCCGUCAGCCUCGACUGAACAUGGUUGCAAGACGGUUUUAUCACUCAUAUGAUGUUUAGUACACAAAAAGGAAACUGACAAAAUCAUAGUGUCAUAGUGUCUAUCAGUCUGUUUUAUGGUUUGGGGUGAAUUAGUCAUCUUUACAGCAGGCUAAGACACAGUUGGUGCUGAUAUACUAUUUAUUUUGUUCAAGUUACAAUGGUGAACAAACAGAUAUACAUUGGAAACACAGAGAGUCUGUACAUCAUCCUGGGUGGUUCGAGAAUGAAUCUGUGAUCCAUUCCUUAGUUGAGACGGCAGGGCUCAAGAUAAUUUUUCAGCAUCAGGAGUUCGUACUCCUCAUUAUUUCAAUAAAGGAGUACUGGCAAAACUGAAGAGUACACUUGGAAUACUGAAUGGUAUUUAAUGGAUUAAUCUUAUAUUUUUUAUUUUAGAUAGGCACCACAGCAUUGCCACUCUCGUGUAAACAGGUCAAUAAACAAUAAAUAAUACUUAUUUUCGUGGAUGGUUAAUAUAUAAUGUGCUCCCAACUCUAGGGUAUUCAGUAUUAUUUUUUGGGGAAAAAACAAGUAUUAUGAGCAGAAAUUGUUUACACCGUAUCCCUUCAACAAAGUCAGGUAAACGAACAGGUAAUAUCAAACUUAGUCAAUACAAAUUUGAAAUUUGAGAUAAAACAUCACUAGAAAUGAAGAUUUACUGUUUAAAUUGUAUUUGCAGUUCUACUAGGUAUUGUUUUGUAUUUAGAGAUUAGGAUUACCGUGUGUACUUUCUCCUAAACUAAGCCGGAAACAAACCUUUUCUCACAAUGUACCGGUGACUCGGUCCAAAAUUUCCCAAUAAUAUACUUUAAAGAAUUUUAAUGCAAUGAUCGGAAGAAUUACUUUAUCAUGAAUGAUAUAUUCCAAUGUCGUGUUAUUUUAAUUGCAGUUUUACUAUAUAUACUUAAAAUGAUAUUAACCAACUUUGGUACAGCUGAUUGCUAUUGCCGGAUAUUUUUUACGUACGGAACAAUAUAACCAGUCACCGUUGAGGCUCUCGCAUUCGUACUCACAAAAACUCUAUGUUGACAUAUAACAGGCAAUUUAAUUUUUUUUAUGUAUACUGCAUUACUCCUUAAUGCAUUUACUGCCUACCUUACCUUACCUGUGAUGUAUUCCUUUCAUAUUACUAUCACUGUUGUGUGUAUUAAUAAGUAGGUGAUUUUCAUGUGAAAAGACGUCUUUUUUCCCACCAUGUGGCUCGUUGUUUCUGCAAUUUUGAAUUUGUUAACCUUCCAAGGUAGUAAAGUUGUUUGCAAUUCGUAGCUAGGUAUUUUUAACAUGCUUAUGUUUAUUUAAGAUACCUGUAGCUUUUGCGUUGCAUGAAGUUUUCUGUGUAUCUUUUCUGUGUAUAUACUUUCAAACUCAUAAUUUUUUUGCCGAUCAAUACAUGUAACAUUUCAUCGGCAAUCUAUCCAAUCUGUAUUUAUCACAACUCUCUAUUUGCGUAACACUCACAAAUGUAUUUUGCAGCAGUCUCGUCAUGUUGCAAGGAGGAUGUCUCGGUCGCAGGACGCGAUCGACUCACAAUCUUCGGUUAUUACCACCCAACAUUUAUCUUCGGGUGGAGCUAUGUCUGUGUGAUAGUGACUGCCGACAUUCUCUCUCCUCCAGUUUCUAUGAUAUCGGGCGCUACUGUGAGUAUUGCACCUUCUUCAAAUUUUGAGGCAUCCAUGGCUUCCACUGUGACGGUUCCAGCAACACCGGCGCAUGCGUCUUAUGACGCUUCUACUGGGCUAGCACACACACAAACCACGAUCCAGCCAACAUAUAUGGGCGUCUCUUCACAAGGGCUUGUGCCUAGCCCCCAGGCACUUCUACAAAUUACAUCAGCCUCAGGGCUUGCAGCGUACCCCAUUAUGUCCGCAACACGUGAUAAGCUUAGCGCUGUACCACCUGCCUUCCUGGCAGCGCAGCAGAUGUGCGCUCAACCAUCUGCCUAUGUACCAGACUCCAGUGUCAGGAACAACAUGUACGCAGCAGACUACUCAUGCCUCAAUGUCUACACCGGCGUCUAACGUUUACCAAAUGCCAGAUGCGUGAUCAGUCUUAACGCAUAUGCCUUCAGUCGGCGCCAAUACCCCAUCUCUACGUGGAAAUCGUUGCACGAGUCUCUUUCACCAACAGCAGAAGUCAUUCACCUAUGAGGAGAGUGCGUCACCAUCAUUCCCUUUCUUCGGACUGAUCAAUUGGCCAGGAUGGAGAUUUUUCAUUGAAUGGAAUACUCACCUUAGCCUAGUGCAAAUGUGUCUUGUGUCAGUAGCGCCCUCCCCUGGUGAUGGGGUUGAUAAGAAAGAUACCAUAUGGUAACAUCCCUCAUCGGUUCCUGUGUAUCCUUUGUUGAAGGAUAUGUUUAGAGCAUUGGACGAAGACUCUAUAAAACUUAUGUUUGCGCCUUCAUUCAAGACAGCAAAAUUUAGGAAAGAUGAUUUUCCUACACAUGCACACAUUUUGGACGAGGAUUUACAGACGAUGACUGAGUUUUCAAGACCAACCAUGCUCAAAGUCCAAGAGGCCAGAUUUGCGUUCAUUGAAACGGAAAUCAGGCGCAUAUUCAAACCUUCGUCAGCACUGGCAUCUUCAACCCAUGCAAUGGAUCAAGAUAGUCAACCCGAAACGUUUAGACCAUUUUCAGAUUGGUAGACUUCCAACAACGUCAGAGUGACCACAUUAGCAACCACCUCCGAGCUGCACUAGCGGAGGUUACCAUUACGUGCCUGGUUAUUUAGCACUUUCCAGCUGGGAAUCCGAGUUUAUGCACAGGCUCCUAAGUCAACCUUGGUCAGCUAGCGGAUUGUUCAAUGAUGCACGCUAAGGUCUCCAAUUACCUUAGGGACAAGACCCCGCUCAAGGCAUUGGAGCAUGUAUCUCAGAGUUUCUCCCAGCAGGCAUGCAGGUUGGGCAACUAUAAACCAAGUCGCUCUUCUCUCAAAGAAGGUCAAGGCCAGGAUUCUUUUUGAGGCAGAGAGUGUGGCAGAGGUAAACCUCAAGACUCUUAUUAAUCCCGCCGUGGUAAAUUGCAGGGCCAGGGACAGCCAUGACUGUGAACUCCCAAACCCAGUCGUCCCAGUCGUCAACACCCUAGGAUGUGGGAGACUGAACCAGUUCUGGGAGAACUGGGCCAUACUAAAGGACGUCUUCGUACUCAACAUACCACAUUACUGCCUCCGAUUGACCUUUCAGGCAGUUCCACGGUUAACCACAGCUUGAGAAUCUUGAGAAUACCCAAGGAAGCAACAUCUGCUACUAAAAUCCAACAGACAUCUUGUUGAAGAAAAGAACUGUAGAGAUUAUAAACGCCAGCAGCGCUAACACCAGGGUUUUACUCUCCCAUGUUCCCAUUACCCAAGAAGGACUCAGACAAGAUGCAAAUGAUUCACAAUCUCUCCAUGUUCAACGAACAUAAUCUGGAAUAUCCACCAUAUUACCACCUCAUAACGUUGAGACUGCUCAGAGGCAGCAUCAAUGUGUUCGACUCCUUGAUCAGUCUCGACUUGCAGGAUGUAUACCUGCAUAAAUCUAUCCAUCCCUCCGACUGCAGAUUCAUCAGAUUCCAGUUCAGUGUGGUUCACUACCAAUGGGCAGUCCUGCCAUGUGGCAUUUCAGUGGCCCUGUGGCUAUUUACACAGAUAAUCAAGCCUCUAACUGUGUUUCUACACCUGAGGAACAUUUGGUUUGAGUCGUACAUAGACAACUGUCUCCUGUUUCAUCAAGACACACUCACGCUAGUAUGCCACCAGGAUUUUACUAAACAGCUACUAUCCUAGUUGGAUUGAUAAUCAACAAGACCUGUCUCCUCUGCAUCAAUCACACACACUUUGCCAACGGCAAGUGUUACUGUGGUUACUAACUUCAGCGCAAGAUUUAACAAGCAGAGGCCACCUACCACUAUGUCCAAUCCAACAAUUCCUGAAUCCUUACAUCAGGCGACAGGAUCCACUCAAAGCCAUCACUCUACCAGUCCAUCUAACGCCAUACCUCAAUUGGUGGACGAUAGUCUUAGGUGGAGACUCCUUAUCCGGGUUAACCCCGAAACCACAUCUGUUUGUAGACGCCUCCCUUCAGGGGUGGGGUACUCACUUACAGGGCCAGACAACCUCAGGGCUGUGUUCCAGCGCUCAACAAACAUGACACAAAAACAAUCUGGAGUUGGAAGCACUCAUUCUGGCCAUUUCACAUUGGCAGAAACAGUUACAGUCCACACAACACAAACAACACAGACAAUCAGGGGACUGCACACUCCCACUCCCAACAGACAUUCAGAUUCUUCCAUCUAAUGGAUCGUCUGAAACUACAAUUUAUAGUUCUGCAUAUCCCCAGAUGUCAGAACAUACUGGUCGUUGCCUUAUCCCAACCAGACAGGGUGGCUCCCAAUAAGUGGAAACUUCACACAGGCAUCUGCAGGCUUUGGUGGUAGUCAUAUUCAGCAUCCCCUUGGUGAUACAAAAGAUUAAAGAGACAAGCAACCUUGCUCUGACUUUGAUCGCCCCAUGAUGGCCAGCGAGGGGGUGGUUUGUCAACCACAGAAAUCGUGCAGAAAACGAUCCUCUGUCCCUCCCAGAUUAGUCCAACCUACUCAUCCACCCUCACAGCCUAAUUGCAUCACCCAGGGCCAGUCAGAUUUCAUCUUCAUGCUUGGUUCGUCUUUAAAAGACGUUAAGUUCUAAGGGGUAUUUGGCGCAGGCUGCCAAGGCUGUUGCAUUAGCGCAUGUUCCUUCUACCAGGGAUUUAUAUGAUGACAAGUGGGGAUCAUUUGAAACAUCAUCAUCAAGAUCCUACGACAGCGUCACCACAAUUCUUAGCCGAAUACCUCCUACACUUGCAUACCAAAAGACACUUGAAGGGUAACACCAUUACUAUGUAUUUGGUUGCACUCAAUUCAGUGUUGGUCGUUCCAGAGAAUCCUAAGAUGACCAAGGUCGUUUAGGCUUUAAGAGUAAUGCAGGAUAAAUAUACAAAUGUAAUUUUUUAUUUUAUUUUACUAAUUGUAACAAAUAUGACUUUUAACGAGGCAAAGUAUGGUAUUUAUGAUAUAUGUUUCCAUUCUCUGUCAACUAAAGUUUGUUUCAAGGCGUCAAUAACGGUUAUCUGACUGUGGUUGCUGUAAAUCACGGUGAGUUGUGCAAUCUACCGAUCCCUUCACAAAUGAGUUCUCCAAAAUUAAUGUGAGAAUAUUGAAAUCAAAUGUUGAAUAUAAUUAUUAAAAUAUGUUGCAAACAUAAGUCCAGAUAAACAAUAAAACCUUUUGUAACCAGGCAGUGUAAUUACCUGAUGCUUGUGGGUUUCACCGAAGUGGUAAACGUCUGAGACCUGCAUCACUUAGGGCUCUCCUCCCACAUUAAGCUUACACGCCGUGAUAUAACUGGAAUAAUGUUAAAAGCGGCAUUAAACCCAACUCACUCACUCACUUACUAUUGACAGGACACAUAUGCCUCAGUUGUUAGCUAAAGGGGCGUUCAUGCUAUACAACUAGUUGGUACAACUUGUAUGCAAUGAGUUGUUCGAAAUUAAUUUGUAUUUCAAUGCAGCACUGCGACAUCAUGUGAGAAGCUUGGGAAAUAGUGAUUCAGUACAUUACUGCUUGAACCCUGACUGCCGAGUUAAUUUAAGAUUCUCAUAAUUCCCACGAAUACAAAACCUGUGUCACAUCAUUGACAAAAAUCCUGUAUUUCGGCUGUCUUCACACUAUAACAAUCUUCAGUAUUUCACCAGAAGUCCUCUUCACUGUCAACUAUUCAAAAAUUGUUGAGAUAAUAAUAGUAUCUCCCUUCCCAAGCCUCUUGCGCAUGCAUAACAUGGGAAUUAUCAUAGUUUUUA